CGCUCAGACCCCGCCUCUUACGGAAGCCGAAGCGUAGGGUCUAAAUCCGGAAGAAAAACAAUCGGGAGAGGGAGCUGGCCGGCGGCACCUGCUGCCAGAGGCGGGGCAGAUUGGGCCAGGAUAGGCUGCGGCGGGGAGAGCGAGCCGGCCGGGCCACCGCGUGGGGACGAUGGCGGCCAUGAACCCACAGACCGAGCUGAGAGUCAGGACGCUCAGCAUACAUGUCGUGACAUGGAACGUGGCCUCUGCAGCACCCCCUCCAGACCUCAGUGAUCUGCUUCAGCUGAACAACCUGAACCUGAAUCUGGACGUGUAUGUCAUUGGUUUGCAGGAAAUGAACUGUGGGAUCAUGAGCCUCCUUUCUGACACUGCCUUUGAAGACCCAUGGAGCAGUUUCUUCAUGGAUGUGCUUUCCCCUCUGAGCUUCGUCAAGGUCUCCAGUGUCCGCAUGCAGGGGCUUCUCUUACUGAUCUUUGCCAAGUAUCAGCAUUUGCCCUUUAUCCAGAUCCUCUCUACUAAAUCCACCCCCACUGGCCUCUUUGGGUACUGGGGGAACAAAGGGGGUGUCAACAUCUUCCUGAAGUUUUACGGCUACUAUGUCAGCAUCGUCAACUGCCAUCUGCCCCCGCACGUGGCCAACAAUGACCAGCGGCUGGAGCACUUUGACCGGAUCCUGGAGAUGCAGAAUUUUGAGGCACAGGAUAUCCCCAACAUCCUGGACCACGACCUCAUUCUCUGGUUUGGAGACAUGAACUUUCGGAUUGAGGACUUUGGGUUGCACUUUGUUCGGGAAUCCAUAAAAAAUCAGUGCUACAGUGACCUGUGGGAGAAGGAUCAGCUCAGCAUUGCCAAGAGACACGACCCGCUGCUCCGGGAGUUCCAGGAGGGCCCCCUGCUCUUCCCGCCCACCUACAAGUUUGAUAAGAACUCCAACAACUAUGACACCAGUGAGAAAAAGCGCAAGCCCGCGUGGACCGACCGCAUCCUGUGGAGGCUGAAGCGGCAGCCCCAGGCCGCCAUCCACACCCCGACGCUGUCAGCCCCCCACUUCACCCUGUUUCUGAGGAGCUACGUCAGCCACAUGCUGUACAGCGUCAGUGACCAUAAGCCUGUCACUAGCACCUUUGACUUGGAGCUGAAGCCAUUGGUAUCUGCCCCACUGAUCACCCUGCUGCCCGAGAGCCGGUGCACCACGGAGAGCGACAUGCUGAUCAGCUACUCCCUGACCGCAGACUUCCUCAGCAGCCCCUGGGACUGGAUUGGCCUGUACAAGGUGGGGCUGCGCCACAUUAAUGACUACGUGUCGUAUGUCUGGGUCAGGGACAACCAGGUCUCCUUCAGCGACGGGCUGAACCAGGUGUACAUCGACAUUAGUGACAUCCGUGAGACUGAGGAUCAGUUUCUCCUUUUUUACUAUAGCAACAACCUACAUUCUGUGGUGGGGAUAAGCACACCCUUCAAGAUCCAGCCUCGCUCCUUCUUGGCGGAGGGCCCCCUGGAUGAAGCCCAACCACAGAUCUGAGCCGGGAUAGAGUGAAUCCAGGGCGGAGGCUGGAGCUGGCAGCCAGCUCUGCCUACCACUGCCAGGAGUGCUGGGGGCCCAGCCCAGCCCCCUGAGGAGGCAGCGGUAUUCUCCACCUCCCAGGGGGGCCUCUAGCCACGCUCCUUUGCUCUCUCCAGUCCGGAUCCCUGGAAUUGGCCCCUUAAAUACAGGUUUUUGUUGCUGA